AAAAAAAAAACACUGAUGGAAUCACUAUGUGACAGUGUGAUCAAAAUGGUGGUGGCUCAAGGGGGUCGGUUAAUGCGUGGUGGGGGCACUGCAACCACAGGCUGCGGCAUGACCCCCAAAGAGCUCUCUGACAUUGAUGAUUUAGCCACAGCCCUAGUACUGGAUCAGUACUUAGGAUUUGCAACCCACAAGAUGAACGUAAGGUAUAGACCACUUCGAGGUAGUAAAGAUGAACUCCGAACAAUUAUUGAAGACUUCAUUGUACACCAAGAUUACGAGAAGGCUUUCAAGCAGCUUGUAUCAGGAGACUGGAUGCCUUGGACGUUUUUCAUAACAAAAAACAAGGCUGUGCAAGCAGCAUUCAAGGAACAUGUGCUUCGCUAUUUACGUGUAUUCGAUAAAGAAAGUGGGUUUGUGGUCAAGGCAUGUUACCGGUAUUCCAUGGAAGGCUGCGUUGGAGGAAAGAUAUGUGCAACUAAGAAGUGGUAUAAGAAUGAGCAAAUUGGAUUUCUGGUUGGGUGUAUUGCCGAGCUAAGUGAAGAGGAAGAGACGCAACUGCUUCAUCCUGGCAAGAACGACUUUUCUGUUAUGUAUUCAUGUAGGAAAAACUGUGCUCAGCUGUGGCUAGGUCCCGCCGCAUUUAUUAAUCAUGAUUGUCGGGCUAAUUGUAAAUUUACGGCUACUGGACGUGGAACAGCAUGCGUUAAAGUCUUGAGGGAUAUUGAGGAGGGAGAGGAAAUCACUUGUUUUUAUGGUGAAGACUUCUUUGGCGAUAAUAACUCAUAUUGUGAAUGCCUGACAUGCGAAAGGAGAGGAACAGGGGCUUUUGCUAGCAAGAAAAAUGAAACUGGUGCUGAGAAAGGAUACAGACUCCGGGAAACUGACCUGAGGCUGAGGAUUAGUCGACAAAGAUUACGCAAUCAAGAAAAUAAUGGGGAAGAAUUGUCAAACAAGCCCAAAAGUGAAAGAGCUGUUAGUCUUAAAGAACGUGGUGAUAAUAAACUUAAAGUUAAUCUCUCAGCCAAGGUUAAUGGUGAAAAUGUGCGGCGUGAGCUUAGGACUAGGGUUGGGUCGAAAGAUUCUGAUAAGUCGGAUGGUAGUACUGAAAGUUCUGACCAAAUAACUGGGAAGCGUACCAGUUCACAAGCACGUUUACAUCUUAAUGGACUCUAUCCUAAAGCGAAAAAUAGGAGAACAAGUUCAGAUAGUGCACAAGAAAACAUUGAGUUUACUAGUGAAAACAAUGAGGACUCAUCUAAAACAGAUUGCACAGCAAAAUGUAUGAAAAAUGUAAAUAAAGAGAGGCCACACACAAGAAGCCGUGUAGGAUCGACUGAUGAACCUCUUAAGAGUGGUACUGUCCUCAGUGAUAUUAAUAUAGAAGAUUGUUCCAAACAGGAAGGGCUACACAAAGUCAAAGGUAUUAAACUCCGCAGUCGACGUCAGCUAAAUACUGCCAUGACGGAAGUUGUGAACGCCCAGACUCAAAGAGAUCAUAUUAGUCAUCCUAGUAAUGAGGAGGUCAAAGAUCCAACCGAGUUGCACACAGUAGAAGGAGAAUUGACUGAGCCUGAUUCUUCGGCGUCAGAUGAUAGAUUAGUACCACCAAAGGAGGAAUCUAGGGUGUUGGUGAGCGACGUACCAGUGCAAACAGCUUUACCGCAAGACAGUGUAGAAGAAUUGGCUCAGAGAGAAGGAAGUAAAGAGACAGCACCCAGCUCAAACUGUUUUGUAGAUCUCAGUAGAGUAAAACUUACAGAUGGUCUCCAGGUGGCAACGGGAGAGACACUACAGCAGGGCAGAAAGGUCGCUCAUGUUGCUGCCUCCCAGUGUACAAGUGUUAGCGGGAGACCACCUCUUCGUAGACUUCGUAGACCUCCUGGUGAAAAAUGUGAUAAUUCUAGUUUAAGUUAUAUUAGUGUAAGUGAUAAGUGUUCUAGUAAUAUUCUUAACAAUAACAUUGACAAACCAUCAGAACAAUCACUGCCAAUUUCUCAUUUACCUCAGCAAUCUAGUAAUGUUCAAGACCCGGUCGUUGUUCCCUUGGAACCCCUUAGUAAAAAGGCCAGACAUUCAAAGUGCAAAGAGACAGCUUUAAAAGACGUGGACAGUGCAAUAGUCUGUCAGUCUGUUUCGAGUGAGGAAAGGGAUAUGAGUAAACAUUCACCAGCAAAAGAUGUUUAUGAAUUUGAAGAGGAGGAUGACUCGACUACCCCUGGAUCUCUCAGAGUUGGCAAAGUAGGUAUUGGGUGUGGUAGGUGGGGAAGAAAUGUAACUAGUGAGUGCAGAUCAUCUCCACAGUGUGAAUCUCCACCACACCCAUUAUUAGGUUACACUCCAUCAUCCCCACCAGCUACUUUUGUCACUCCAGAAAAGAGCACACGUUGUGGGGUCAAGUUAAAGUUACGCAUGAAGAGGUCUCCUGUUCUAGAUGAGGUAAUAGAAGUUGGUUCUCAUCUUUCGGAUUCUGGCGUACCGUAUGAACCAGAGUACGAAGUUUUGACAGUUGAAGGUAUUACAAAUCAGGAUUAUCAAACUGAUAACCACCAUCACCACCAUCAUCAUCACAGACGUCAUAGGAAAAAGCACCACCGAGAACACCGUCGCCGAUCUGACAUUUCUGAGGGAGAGAGCACUGAUGGAGAUAGCACAGCAUCACCCAGACCCACCAUGAAACGGCUGCGAUUGAUCUUGGGCAAUGAAACUCACACAAUCACAAUCCCUGACACCCACUUGGACCACAAAUAGCUUGUAAAACACCCGCGAUCCAGUCUCAGUGAUUCGCCAAGAACUCGACUCUCACAAAUUCCAAUUCGUCGUGGGCGUAGCAUUGGGGAAGUGAUUCUGCAUUCGUUUCAUUCAUGUACUGUACUAUAGGAGGUUUCAGAACCAGUUGGUUUUUCACACCACAACACAUUUCAGCCAUACCUUUCCAAAGACUGAGUACUGUAGUCCUGAGAUGAACUUCUGAUUAGGGGAAGAAUAUCGGUUUCUGGUUUUUCAAGGUGUACUGUUUUGAGGAACUAAUGCAGAAGUUUACGUUCAUUAUUUAUUAUGAUGCCAUUCUUAUUCCUAACAUUGUAAGACAAUGAUCGCGGGUGUGUGUGUGUAUGGAAAAAGGCACUUGCAAUGAUUGUGGCUAGUUUGUUGACCUACCUGUUAUUAUGUGCUUUUUGUCACUGUAUUUGGUGGGGUUGGAUAAAUGUUUUAGACUGGUGCAUAUAGUUCAUUAAUUAGCUCUUUGUUUCCCUGUUCUGAUUAUAGUUUGAUUCCUGUGGGGUAAAAGCCUGUAUGCUUCAGUUCAACACUGCCAGGGUAUUUAUUCUUCUCCUCGGGAAAAUAUGAGUCUUGUUUUUGCUCCUCAAAUGUUAUAUUUUUAUAAUAUAUUUAAAGUGAGUGUUU